UUUAAUUAGAAUUUCAUAAUAACAGACCACUAAUACUGAGGAAUCAAAUUAAAUAAACAAUUGAUACUGAUAAUAAAGAGCAUUUAAGAGUCUUCGAUCUUCAGUCCGUCGAUUGUAACUUUAAGAUAUUCUCCAUUAGUUGGCAGUAAAGCAGCAUGUAUGACUGGUGUCAGCUGAUCAGAGCACAUCAGCUGCUGUGUGUGUGUGUGUGUGUGUGUGUGUGUGUGUGUGUGUGUGUGUGUGUGUGUGUGUGUUCCUUCCUAACCGUUUAUCAGCCCUUUUACCCGACAGGUGGCAAUGACCCGGAUCUAUCAGUGACCAGUCGAUCACAGGAGCCGUCGACUGGAUAUUCCACCAGCAGCCGCUCAGAGGUAAGAGUGUGUCCGGACCGGAGAGAUGGCUCUGUUAAUGGAGCACCAGUUCAGGCAGCUGCCAGCUGACAGACAGGUGGAAACGAGACCGUUCCUGGAGGCUGUGUCAUACCUUCCACCCUUCUUUGACUGCCUCGGCUCGGCCAUUUUUGCACCGAUCAAGGCUGACAUAGCCGGUAACAUCACAAAAAUCAAGGCAGUUUAUGAAACCAACCCUGGACGGUUCAAGACACUGCAGCAUAUUUUGGAGGCAGAGAAAGAAAUGCACGGAGCACAAUGGCCCAAAGUCGGAGCAACGCUGGCUCUAAUGUGGCUGAAAAGGGGUCUUCGAUUCAUCCAAGUCUUCCUUCAGAGCCUGGUGGACGGUGAAAAGGACGAUAGCAACCCAAACCUCAUCCGAGUCAACGUCACCAAAGCCUACGAGAUAGCCCUGAAGAAGUAUCACGGCUGGUGGGUGCAGCAGCUCUUCAGGGCGGCUCUUUUCGCCACUCCAUAUAAGUCAGAUUUCCUGAGGGCCCUCUCCAAAGGUCGGGAGGUCAAGGACGAGGAGUGCUUGGAGAAAAUCAGAAAAUUCCUCCUCAACUUCACCCCGACUGUCGACGCCAUUUACGAGCUGUACAAUAAGAUGAAUGCUGAUCUGGAUUACACGGUGUGACCGCAGGACGUCCAUCUUUUCCUCCGCUGACCCAUCCAGUUCACGAAGUCAUUCACGUCCUGCAGCCUGCAGCCUGACUCGGCCUCCUUCAGGUCAGCUGACAGCUCGCUGCAGAAGUGUGUGUUUAAUCCACUCAGUCGACACACACAUCGAGUGUUUGCACUCUUAAUCAUCUGUUUGCUUCUUCUGGCACCUUUUUUUCCUCUCUGCUGUUUGACUCCGGAGCGAAGCAGCUGCAGAUUUAAGCUCUGUGUUCCUUUCUGUUCUCUGUUUGAAGAGUCGUGUUUCUUCACAGGAAAACACUGAACGGUUGAAAGAGAAAAGUGGGACAAUUAUACCAGCAGUCAAAGUGCUACGUACUACGAAUGUAUUUAUGCCGUAUACAGUAGAAACCCUGUAUUUUUGUACCUUAUGUAGAUUUUGGGAGAAACAUUUUAAAGUUUUCAUUCUCUUGAAUCUGAAAUGUUGCAGCUCUCAGGUUCAUCCCACGACCUGCAACUGUUGUUUUAUUCAUACAAAUCAUUAUUAAUCAACAUCACUGGAUCAUCUUCACUCUUUAAUGAUUUUACCUCCAAGUUAUUUAUUAGAAGUUAGACAAAACCGAAGCAUUUAAUCCGUCACUUUGAUUGUUUUGACUUGUUUCACAGCCUCAUGAAUUCAAUAUUUUGCUGGAAUACGAGAAUAAGUACGCACACUGUUGGCUUCUGAUGUUGCACACCUGUUUGUGCCUUAAGCUGGAUAAUAAAAGCAUUUAAAUAACCACGUCAGCGUUUGUGCCUUUAGUCCUUUACGAGUUUCUACAUGUCUCUUUGUGAGUCAAGAACAAAACGUUUAUCAGUGAAGCAGUCGUCUUUGAUUCUUGACUGUUGCUUCUCUGUCCACUCUUCUUCUCUCAGGUGCUUACAUUAAACUGAAUAUGUAUUUUUUCUUUGCACCUCAGUGUUGAGGGGACAUUAAACGUGGCUGUAUGACUUCUUGUCUUCUACACUUGUUGUAAGAUGCAAAAGCAGAAGCAGAGACGUCAAAUGUGAUAUUCUGACCGCAUAUCGACCGU